UUCUGUGUCAGACCCACCCAGGAACAUCUCAGUGUUUAUGAACAGAUCUGCUGUAAUAAUGUCUGGAGAUUCAGUGACUCUGAGCUGCAGCAGCGACUCAAACCCUCCUGCAGAAAUCAGGUGGUAUAAAGGAGAAACAUCAGUAAGAUCUGGAAGAAUCUUCAACAUCUCCAAGAUCAGCUCUGAUGACAGUGGAGAAUACAAGUGUAGGGCCAGAAAUGUACAUGGAGAGAAAUACUCUGAUCCUGUGACUUUAGAUGUCCAGUAUCCUCCCAGGAGCGUCUCAGUGUCCGUCACUGAUUCUGGUCAGCUUUUUUCUGAUUCAGUGAGUCUGAUGUGCAUCAGUGACUCAAACCCUCCUGCUCUGAGCUUCAGCUGGUUUAAGGAGAAUCAAAGCUCAGCUGUUGGAUCUGGACAGAGUUUCAGUGCAGUACAGAGUGGACGCUUCUACUGUGAGGCUCACAAUCCACAUGGAGCUCAGAGAUCAGACGCCGUCACUGUCACUGUUCAUCAGCAUGCUGUGAGAAACAUCAUCAUCAUCACAGCGACAUCUGUAGGAGUAUUAAUCAUCUUCAUCAUCGCCGUCAUGUUUGCAAUUCUUUUUAAAAGGAAGAGCAGAAGAUCUGCAGGGAAAGAGUCUGCGAUCUCAGACACAUAUGCAGGUCUGGAUCUACAGUCCGCGACCUCUGACCUGUACAACACACUUGCUACCGUUCACCACAGACCUGCUGAAAACUCCUGCUCCACUCUUGAUCCUCAGAGCUCUUCUGAACAUCACAAUCCACCAAUCAACAGGAGGAGGCUGCAGUGAGAGGCGGAGCCAGAAAGAACCAAUCCUGAGAUGUGUGGGAGGAGCUAUGGGUAACGGACAGGGAGCAUUAGUGAUGUCAACAUGUAACAGUGGUGUUGAAACUGUCUACAAAGUGAUUGGAUUGGUUUUAUGCAGAAAUAUUAAGAUAGUGAAGGGGAAAAGCAAUGUUUAGUAGUGUGAUGGAAUCUAUCACAAUUUAUCAUUUUACACUCAAUAGGCCCUGUCAUACACUUGGCAAUUUGCUAGUGUCAGCUUGGCACAGGUAUCAUUUUCACGUUUUGCACCAUGUUGUUUAUGUAGCGAAUACAUUUGUGCUCACAUGUGUGUGCUGGUCUGUGGAGGUGUGUUGAGGCUCAGUGUUGGCACAUUGCUGUUUCUUAGACAUCAACUGAAAGCUGCUCUAAAGUUAAUUACUUAAAGAGCAUGUUAUUGUUAUGCCCCUAUGCAUGUUGUAACAGUUAAAUGUUACUAUUAUUAUUGUCUGGUUUAUUUAUUUAUCUUUCUGCAUUGUGUAUUGUUUGGCAUGUCGACAUGCAAUACUGCUUCU